UCAGACAUGGCACUGGCCCAGGAGCUAUACGGCACCCCAGCCUCCAGGCUGGACUCCUUCGUGGCUCAGUGGCUGCAGCCCAGUCGAGAAUGGAAAGAAGAGGUGUUGGAAGCUGUACGGACUGUGGAGCAGUUCCUGAGGCAAGAGAACUUCCAGGGAGAACGGAGCCUGGGCCAGGAUGUGCGAGUGCUGAAGGUGGUCAAGGUGGGUUCCUUCGGGAAUGGCACAGUGCUCAGGAGGAACACAGAUGUGGAGUUGGUGGUGUUCCUAAGCUGUUUCCACAGCUUUCAGGAAGAGGCUAAGUACCACCAAGCUGCUCUGAGACUGAUAUGGAAAAAAGCAUGCUGUUGCCAGGACCUGCUGGCCCUUGGGUUCUAUGACCCAAGAGUGAUGGAAGGAGUCCCCAGUGCCCUCGUCUUCACCAUCCAGACAAGGGGGACCUGGGAACCCAUCAAUGUCACCAUCGUGCCUGCCUACAGGGCCUUGGGGCCUUCCAGUCCCAACUCUCAGUCACUCUCUGAGAUCUAUGUGAAUCUAAUCAAGGCCAAUGGGUACCCUGGAUAUUUCUCCCCGUCCUUCUGCGAGUUGCAGAGAAACUUUGUGAAACACCGACCAACAAAAUUAAAGAGCUUCUUGCGAUUAGUCAGACAUUGGUACCAGCAGUACGUGAGAGACAAGUGCCCCCGGGCCAACCUGCCCCCUUUCUAUGCUCUGGAGCUCCUGACCAUCUAUGCCUGGGAAGCAGGCACUCAGGAAGAUGAUAACUUCAGGCUGGAUGAAGGCCUCACCACUGUGAUGGAAUUGCUCCGGGACUAUGAACUCAUCUGCAUCUACUGGACAAAGCACUACACACUCCAGAACCCAGUCAUUGAGGCCUUUGUCAGAACGCAGCUCAAAAAAGAAAGGCCCAUCAUCCUGGACCCAGCGGACCCCACCCACAAUGUGGCGGAAGGGUACAGAUGGGACAUAGUCGCUCAGAGGGCCAACCAGUGCCUGAAACAGGACUGUUGCUAUGACAACAGGGACACCCCAGUCUCCAGCUGGACAGUGAAGAGAACACCAGAUAUCCAGGUGACUGUGGAGCAGUGGGGUCACUCUGAUCUGAUCCUCUGGGUGAACCCUUAUGAGCCCAUAAAGAAGGUUAAAGAGAAAAUUCGACUGAGCCGGGGCUACUCAGGCCUGCAGCGCCUGUCCUUCCAGGAGCCCAGGGGCGAGCGGCAGGUCCUCAGUGGCCACUGUUCCUUAGCCUACUAUGGAAUCUUCUCCAACACCCAUAUCUGCCUGUUGGACACCAUCUCCCCUGAGAUCCAGGUCUUUGUUAAAAAUCCAGAUGGUGGGAGCCACGCCUAUGCCAUCCACCCCUUUGAUUUUGUCCUAAGCCUGAAACAGCAGAUUGAAGACAGACAGGGGCUGAGCAGCAAGCAGCAGCAGCUGAAGUUCCGGGGUCAAGUCCUGCAGGACUUCUUUGAUUUUGCAUCCUAUAACAUCCAAGACAGUGUCACCCUCGUGCUGUCUAAGAAAAGGGAAGACGAGGCUUCAUUGGCAUCCAGCUAGUUUCCUUUGGGCACGUCUCUGUACUUGUGCAAACUAUCUCAUCCCAAACUCAGCCCUCCUUCCAGUUCCCUGCUGGAAUGCUCUAGGUCUUUUCCAGUACCUUGCCAGUAGGGAUCCAGGAGGAAUGUGAGAAGAAAUACACAACUAGACAAUGGACAGAACCUAUGUGGCAAUAGAAUUCUGACCCACGAUCUGCAGCAACCAGUUUGGAGGCAAAACCACCACCUCUGUGAUACUCAACCUCAAACUGUCAGGACUUGGUCAAUAAAUGUCAAUUUCUCUAAUAAGCAACUCUGGCUAGUUCAGAGGAAGCUCUCCUGGUGAUCUCAUUGCCAGUAUCCCCACACCAACAACCUCCAACAAGACACACCUGAAACCUUCCUUCCUCUUUUCUCUCCAUUUCUCUGCCUGCCUCUGACAAGGGACAGUGGCUCAUUCCUUUGCUAAUUGGGAAUAAACAGCCUCUGUUUGUUCUCAUUUGAGUGGUCUUCAUUCAUUUCCACAGAUACUAAUGUCCUGAUGGUUAUUGCUUAAUAAAAAUGUUUUAAACUAAUUCUGCAAUAAAGUUGUGCAAUGGAACAUGAGAAAGCACAAACAUA